AUUAAAGCCAAACUCCUAGCGUAGAUUCUCCACCUGUGAAGCUGAAGUCAAGUGAACUGCGGCCAAUAAGGAAGUAACUGAUGGCGGAAGGGCCUGCGCCGCGUGAAUCUGCUCCCUCAGAAGGAUGUUUGUAUGUCAAGCAGUUAGACUGUACUCUGGGUACCCUUGACCUGGAGUACAGUUGGGAACAGCUGUCUGAACUGGAAAAACACUUCAGGAUGGAGCCACACCCAGACCUCGAAGCUCGAAGGGCCCUGGCCAUGAGACUAAACCUGACUGAGGAACGAGUUAAGACUUGGUUCACCCUGCGUUCCCUGAAGCCUGAGACGUGCAUUCUCUCUGCUUGGCUACUAUGGAAGCCUGUCCGCCGCUAUCGCUAUAACCCUUAUUCCUGUGCUUCCAGCAAAGUUGGGGGCUGCCGGUCACCAAGCAGGCCCAUCAAUUCCCGGGAGCGAUUUAGACAGAAUUUUCCGAGAUACCUGGAGCUCAUGCAGUACCACACCCGCAGAAGGCAUUUAAGGCAAGGUUUGUACAAGUCACGGGAGAGCACAGUGAAGCCUCACAUCAGCCAUGCAUCCUGUCAAGACAAGGAGUCUUCCCAAAACAGCCCCGGGCUCCCCGAAACUUUGGAAGCCUUGAAGAAGCUCAGACUGUCUUCUGGGUACCCAAACACAGAUGAUUUCUGAGAAUGUCCUGCUUUGCCUUACCGCUCACUCUGGUAUCUAGGGGUGACAGCCAUUUGGGGGGUUCUUAUUUUACACUGUGGAUGUUUUGUUUCUGGCCUGGGACUUGUAGCUUUUAUCACCCAAGUGCCAGGCUGCACCAUGCGUGUUGUUACUUAGUUGUUUGGGUUUUUUUUUCUAUUCCUAUGGGAUUUUUUUUUUUGUGUAACAUUCAGUUUCAAUUUUUGUUUUUAUUUGAGGACAUUUCAUGCACCAGCUUGUCCUAGCAUUGGCUUAUUGUUAGAUGUUAUUCAGCUGGCUUGUUGCUGGGGCUGUUGGACUUUCAUGUCUGUGUUAGGUUGAUAAUAAAGCUAUUCAUAGAAAGUAAAAUGACAA